CAAGCCUGGAGAUACUCCUAGACCUACGCGAUCAAGCUCGUUAUUGUCGAGCGCCGCAGUAUGUGAUGGCGACAACAAAGUUCUCGCUCUUUUUUCUCUGGCUUGGUCUGGUCCAUCUCACUGGUCUCUACUUUUUCACCCAAGGCUUUCUUCUGACUCGCCAGAUCCUCGAGUCGAGGAGCACCUGCGACGAACCCCCGCGAGAGAUCUGGGCCAGCACCGCACCUCACGCAGAUGAUGGAUGCUGCUGGCUCCGGCCCACCUUCAAGAAAGCCAUCAUCCUGAUUAUCGACGCCCUCCGCUACGACUUCACCACCCCUAUUCCUCCCUCCCAAGCAGACAAGCCAUACCACAAUGCCCUCACCGUCCUGCACACCCUCGCACACGAGCGACCCCGCAACGCCCUCCUCCUUCCCUUCCUCGCCGACCCCCCGACCACGACCCUCCAACGCCUCAAGGCUCUCACCACCGGCACGCUCCCAACCUUCAUCGAGGCCGGCUCCAACUUCGCCGGCUCCGCCCUCACCGAAGACAACCUCAUCGACCAGCUGCUCCUCUCCUGCCCCGCCCCGUCCUUGAAAGCCAGUUCCAAUCCCAGCGCCAACUCCAGCUUCCCCCACCCCCCACCACAACGCCGCCUCGUCCACCUGGGCGACGACACCUGGCUCAAACUCUAUCCAGCCCACUUCCUCCCGCACCUCUCCCAUCCGUUCUCCUCCUUCGUCGUCGAAGACCUCCACACCGUCGACACAGGCGUCACCACCCACCUCCUCCCCCUCCUGCGCAAUGACACCCUCCAGCACGAAUGGGACGUGAUCGUCGGCCAUUUCCUGGGCGUGGACCACGUCGGCCACCGCUUCGGCGCCGCGCAUCCGCUCAUGCGGGCCAAGCUACGGCAGAUCGAUGCCGUCGUGCGCGAGGUGGUCGCUGCCCUCGAUGAGGAUACCGUGCUGGUCGUCAUGGGCGACCAUGGCAUGGAUGAGCAUGGGAAUCAUGGUGGGGAGACGCUGGAGGAGGUUCUAGCUGCCUUGUGGUUGUAUUCGCCGCGGGAGUUUGUCGGGGGGAGAGAUGCUGGGACUGCUGAUGUUGGGAAUGUUGAUUGGGAGUGGGAGAGGGGUGGGAAAGAGGACCUGCUGAGUGCGGCAGUGCCGCAGGUUGAUAUCGUUUCGACGCUGGCGCUACUGCUCGGCGUGCCCAUCCCGUUCAAUAAUCUGGGUAGGCCGAUCGAGGAGGUCUUUGCGUUUAGUACCGAUGGUAUGGAGACAAUCGAUUGGGGGAGGUUGGUGCGGGUGAAUGCUUUGGCUGCGGCGCAGAUGGAGCGGUUUCAUGCGGAGUAUACUAGGUUGUAUGGGGGUAUGAAGGGUGGUAUUGAGGUUUGGAUUGCAGAUUUUGUGCAGAGUGAGGUGGAUUUUGGGGAUGAUGAUUCGUUGAGGCGCGCUUAUGCGGGUUUAAGGGAGUAUCAGGCGGAGUUGUUGACGGGGUAUCGACGGGUUUGGGCGCAGUUUAAUGUCUUGUAUAUGGUUGAGGGGGUUAUGGUGCUCUUGUUGAGUGUUCUUGCGAUGGUCUGCGCGCUUAUUGAUGGGUCUUGCUUCGAGGGGCCGUGGUUUAUAUCCAGGGCGGCGGUGGCAGGUGGUUUGAUGGGUGUUGAGGUCGCUGGUGCUCAUGUUGUCUAUGCGGACUCUGCAUAUCGCUUGGUGGAGAGCCUGGUGCUGGGCACUGUGAUAGCCAGUUUGACAAGCGUGAUCGCUAGGGUUCAUUGUGGUGCUGUGCGACGCUGCUGGCAGUCCGGGUUCAGCAUUGCCAAUUGGCAGGCCAUCUUGUUUCCUCUUGCUCUUUCGCUGGGCUUCGCGUCAAACUCCUACACCAUCUGGGAAGAUGAGAUCCUGUUGUUCUUUCUCUCCAGCUUCGGGCUCUGCAUGCUCGUCUCGUCCACCCACAAGAUAUCUCCCGUUUUGUUCCUGCUACUGACGCGCCUCGCCUCCUUUAGUCGACUGUGUCGUGAAGAACAACUCCCGACUUGCCAGACCACCUUCUACCGACUCGAGAACUACCUCCCCUGGCGCGUCGUCGCGCCAUUCCUGACUGCUGUUCUGAUACUGUCUACGUUGCAAGCCGUUAGCCUACGGUCUAUACAAGCAUGGUUCACGCUCUGUAUCCCCGCUGCGCUCGUCCUCAACGCUCUUUUCUGGACACUCGAAACAGCCACCGAGCAGAACUGGCUCGCAAGCAUCGCCACAGACGACACCUCCAAGACUCUCCGUGUGAUCAUCGCUCGAAUCGUGCUGUCUAUCAGUCUCUCCGGACUCGGCUCUGCCUUUCUGUCUUCGAAGCGUUUCCUCAACGACAAACCAGACAUCCUCACCACUGCUGUGCUCCUGGUCUGUAUCCUGGUGAGUCCCCCAACCAGCGGCCUCUUACUCGCAGCCCUCUACUCCCAGCUUCUCCUCCUCCCCUACAGUACUACAACCCACAGAAGCGGUCCAAUCGUCACCGCCCUCCUAGGAACCUUCUACUUCUUCACCACCGGCCACAACGCCACCUUUGCCUCAAUCCGGUGGAAAGCCGCGCACAUCGGAUUCCGCGACGUGGUCUACCCAUGGUCGCCACUGCUGGUGGGGAUAAACACAUUUGCUGGGCCCAUUCUCGCUGCGUGUGCCGUCCCUUUAUUCUACCGGGUUUCUACACCACGGGAGAGGAGACUGGAGGUCCAAGCCCAGAUGAUCCUCGCGCAUAGCACCGUGUACGCCCUCUGGGCCGUCUCCACGGCGGUGUGGGCGUGCAUCCUCCGCCGCCAUUUGAUGCUAUUCGCCAUCUUCUGUCCGCGGUUCCUGAUGGCGGCGGUGGUGUUGGGAGUGGUGGAUGUGGUUGGUUUGGUCAAUGUGCUUGUAAUGUAGAUAUGCCCUGGGCUAUUUGUAUAUACUGCACCUAGAUUGUAAGGG